AUGGCAGUUGAGGGCAUGCUGAUUCCCAUCUAUUUCAAUCUGUGUAAAUCGGUCUCACAAGAUGUGCAAUGUGUUUGCUGUCUUGCAGACAGUAACGACAGUGAAAAAGCCACAGGGAAGCGGAAUCCAGAUUCCGAUGAAGGGGAGUCAGACUACAGUUCUCACCAGCCAAACAGAUCUGGGAGCACAAAUCGUGACAUGAGAGGUAAGCGUGGCUUUGAGUCUGAUUCCGAGUCGUCAUUGGAGGUAGGGUUCACACGCACACGGAGACGGCAAGUCAUCAGUGACGACGAGAGGAUCGACGAUGACGAUGACGAUAAUCUCCCAAUGAAUUCAGCUUCAAAGGGUGAUCCCUUCUAUUCAGAAGAGUUGGAGAUCACUUCUACUGUGAGCAAAAACCCUCACAUGAGACGCCAUCAUGGGUUUGAGUCUGAUUCUGAGUCAUCAUUGGACGUAGGUUUCAUCAGUGACAAGGAGGAUGACGACGACCACGAUUCUGAUGAGCAAGAGGAUGAUGACUUUGAUCCAGAGGGGGAUGUAAGUGACAUUGAAAAUCAAGAUAAAGAAACCUUGAGCAAACACGUCUGUAACACUAGUUCCCCUGUCAAAAGACAAGUGCUAAGAUCCAUGAAUCCCAAGAAUCGUAGCAAUACUGAAUCCAUGAAGUACGAUGAAGAUUCCCUUUAUUGGAAAUCUCAAGGAAAACCUUGUGAGAAGCCAAUGUCAGAAUACUGGGCGAAUUUGUACUACCACUUGAAAGCACUCAGUUGCCUAGAGCAAGGAACAGAAUUGAAACAACUCUUGGGUCAGUGGCAGGCCUUCCAGUUUUGCGGGGUGGAUCAGGCCCGUUAG